AUGCGCACAGCUUCCAUGAUCCUAGCAGCUCUUGCUGCUGGGUUGGGCCAAGCACAGUAUCUCAUCAACGAGCUGAGCUUCGGCAUAGACUCCAAGCUCAGCCGCGACGAGUCUCCUGGCACCAUCCCGCACUUCUUUGUCAACGGCCAGCCCAACCGACCCGACGUGCUCUCCAACAAGGUCAUCCUAACGCCCAUGGGCCUCGGCAACCAGCGCGCCUCCAUCUGGGGCGAGCGCACGCUGCAGCGCGACGACUGGGUCGCCGACAUCGACUUCCGCGCCAACGGCCCUGAGCGCGCCUCAGGCAACCUCAACAUCUGGCUCGCCAAGGACGGCCGCCACGUCGUCCAGGAGAACAGCGUCUACACCGUCGGCCGCUUUGAGGGCCUCGUCCUCGUCCUCGACCAGUACGGCGGCUCCGGCGGCAUGCUCCGCGGCUUCCUCAACGACGGCACCAAGGACUACGCCGCCCAGACCAACAUCGACGCCCUCGCCUUCGGCCACUGCCAGGUCGGCUACCGCAACCUCGGCCGCCCCUCGCAGAUCAAGGUCCACCACAGCGGCGGCCGCUUCAAGGUCGAGGUCGACGGCAACACGUGCUUCGAGAGUGACAAGAUCGCCAUCCCGCAGGGCUACACCUUUGGCGUCACCGCCGCCACGCCCGAGAACCCUGACUCCUUCGAGGUCUUCAAGCUCGUCGUCAUGAGCGAGACCGUUGACCCCCGCCACUCUCAGCGCCAGCAGGAAAACAGAGACAACAACAACAACCAGCAGCAGCAAGCGCCUCCUGGCGGCUUCGAAAACCCCGACGACGCCUUCAAGAACACCAUCCCCGACGAGAACGCCGACAUCUUCCAGACCUCGGCGCGGCAGUUCGCCGACCUGCACAACCGCCUGCAGUCGACCUACCACCAGCUCGCCGCCGUCUACCGCUCCGUGACCGCCCACCACGCCGUUGACGAGCAGCGCCACAAAGAGGUCCAGGACAUGGUGCGCGACAUCCGCGCCGACCUCCAGCGCCUCGACAAGGUCGACGCCCUCACCCGCACCGUCGAGUCCCUCCAGCGCGACGUCGCCUCGCUGCGUGACACCAUCGACCGCCGCAUCAGCUCCCACGAGAACUCCUUCCGCGGCGCCCUCUCCGACCACCACCAACAGCUCUCUGAGCGCGUGCUGGACGGCAUCCCCGGUCACGGUAAGCUCAUCUUCAUCCUCGUCGGUACGCAGGUCGUCCUCGCCGGCGUGUAUAUCAUGUACAAGCGCCGCAAGAUGGCGGGCCCGAAGAAGUAUCUGUAG